AUGGGCAGCGGCAAAGCCCACCAGGAGCCGAUAGUGCUCGUGGUCGAUUUCCACCAUGCAAGAGGCCCCGAGGUCGAGUUCUGGUUCUGUGAUGACGGCGUCGACCCCGUGAAGAAGAAUGACUGGGCAUUGCUGCCGUUCAUGGCGCUGUCGGACGGAGCUCAUGCGUCGACGGAGGACUUCUCCUACUUCACGCUGCAGCGCAAGGCGACGGAAGACACGCCCGCCACCUCUCUGUUCGGGAUAGCAUGCACCACGCAGCUCGACUCGGAUAAGCUGAUCAAUCGCCCGGCGGAGGUGACCAGGUCUACGGUGCAGAAGGCCGUGGUGGCAAUCAUAAACGAGCCUCGCCAUCUGGGCCAGCUGCGGGAGAAGCUGUCGAUUGUCACCUCGGCCUGGUUUGCUCAGCGGGAUUUUACCGAUACGGAUAUCCUUCAGAAAUUCUGGGAAGGCUUGAAGAUCAGCAUGAAAAAUGAAGACCUGCACAAAGAUGAGCAUUUGGGCCUUUCUUUACGAGAAAUGAUACACGAAUUCAAGCAUCAGACAUUGGUUUUGUUUAAAUGUUUAUUACUACAGCCCAAGAUGUUAUUUUUUGGCUCCAGAUGCGAGCGUUUAUGCAUGAUACAAUUCUCAUUAAUAUCCUUGAUACCCGGCCUUAUACACAAUCUCCAAGACUGUGCGGAUCCGGCCUACGAUACCUAUGCUCAGACAGUCGAAAAACCAAGCUCGCUUAAAACUAGUGAGAGAAGCUCCUUGCUUGCUUACAUGGGCCUCCCCCUUCAAAUAUUUGGCAAGGGGAGCAUGUUUGGACCAUAUACGCCGCUUCAACAGCUGGAUCUGCUUGCUGAUUAUGGGACGAAAUCAUACCUCGUCGGCUCGACAAACUCGCUUCUACUGCAGCAAAAGGAUCGGUAUAGUGAUAUCUUGAUAAAUCUCGAUGAAGAUACAGUGAAUAUCUCAUCUCCAUCGCUGCGGGCAGCUCUGUCUCUUUCUGCCGCGGACCGUCGAUGGAUAGAUUUCCUUACACAGACAAUAAACGAUACCUGGGACGAAACUCAUCCCGCACGGCCAAAGACCCAUGGCUACCUGGGAUCCGAGGAAUUUAUCCGUCUCCAGUUUGAAGAAUAUCUUCUAGCCCUCAUUUCAUGCGUCAAAUAUCAUGAUGAAAUAACCGUAGGAGGAGUGACGAAGCAACCAGCAAAUGACAUCGAGGGCGAUCCGGCCUUGGAUUUUAACCUUGAUUUCCUUGAGCACUGGCGGCACACCCCCAACUUCGCCCUCUUUGACAGACUUACUUCUGACGCCCUGCUCUUUUCAGUCGUUGAGCCCCGCCACCCAUGUGCUGGAGGUCUGGGCAUCGAAGAUAUUCAGCGUCGCUUGGCCCAGCAGGUAGCAGACCUACAUCUAGACGAAAGGGUACGCGAAGGCCGCGAAACCCUGAAUAAACAUCUAGCCACGGGCCAUCAAAAGGUGACCACAGCGUUCAACAGUCUCUGGGCCGAACUUGAAGCAAGACGCGAGGCUCAGAGGAAGAAGAACGAAGAAAGAGCAAGACAAGCGGCGACAACAGCCUCACUAGACACCAGCCAGAGCCAGAGCGAUAUGUCGGAAUCUGGCCUUUCUUCCCCUCCACCGUCUUCCCCAAACCCAUCUUCCUCAUCGCCUGGCUGGUCUUUUGCCGCACGCAAACCACCAGCCGUAGACCUGACGCAGGCUCAAGCCACCGUCUCUGCGGCUGGCCAGAGAGCUUCGGCCUACUUUAGCUCAUGGGGCUCUUGGGCUAACGAACGGCGAAAAGAAUGGCAGACAAAAAACACGGGUAGCCCGAUCUCGUCUCCAACCACCGCCACCACUCCGAGGGCGUCAAUGUCAGCUAAUGAGAGAAUAUCAGUCGAACACGGUGUCAAGUCUCCUGUAACAGAAUCAGUUACAAAGGAAACAAAGGGAGACGCUGAUCGGCCGAUGUCUCAGCCCGCCAGCGAGUGUAGUGAAGGGAAAGACGUCUCUUCUGAACAUCAGUAUCAUAAAGCCGACCAGCAAACAGAGAGAGAUAAUAUAGCAGCUAUAUUAGAGAGUGAUCCUCUGUCUUCUCACAGGACUACUACGGAAACAACUUCUACAAAUGCCUCAGGAUGA